ACAUUGUUAAUCACCACAAUCUCCGCUUACAAACCUCGAAAACAAGGCCUAUCCUUUGACAAUGGAAGACCUUCCAGCUAUCAGUGUCACUGAACAGAAUCCUUUUUGUGUAGAAAUGAUGAAACGGCUCAACAUACAACGAAAACAAGGCCACUUAUGCGACAUAACUUUGAUUACGAAAGAUGAUCAAGAGUUAAAGGCUCACAGAAAUAUCCUUUCCGCAGCAAGUCCGUUCUUUUGCAAGCUUUUUCAGAGCGAUAUGAAAGAAAAUCGGGAAGGGAUCGUUCGGUUCGAGGAGAUUUCGGGAUCUGUUAUGGAAGAUGUUUUGGAAUUCAUCUAUACUGGAACUGUAGAGGUUACUGAAGAAAAUGCCGAAGAGCUGGUCGUCGCCACAAAUUAUCUCUUCGUUCCAAAUUUGAAAACAAUCUGUGGUCGAUUUAUACAUCAACAAAUGUGCGAGUUAAACUGCAUUUCAACCUUCUACUUCGCCGAGAAAUACGAUUGUGAAGAGCUUUUAAACGAAAGCAAGAGUUUCAUCCACGCGAACUUCGCGUCUGUAGCAGACAUGAAUGAAUUCCUAAGUUUGGAAGCCAAAGAAGUGGAGAGAUGGAUUUCAAGUGAUGAGAUUGUCAUUGAAACGGAAGCCGAUGUGUUCCAGAUUGCGCAAAAGUGGGUUGAACAUAACAAGAGCGAGCGGAAAGCAGCCUUUGAAGAGCUCCUUCGUCACGUGCGACUAGUUUUCGUAUCGCGUGACUAUUUGUUGAAUGUCGUGACGAACGAACUCGUGCGUGACAACGCUGAUUGUUUGAGGCUGGUUUCAAAUGCCAUAAAACUGACUACGUUUUCAAGCGAUGUUAACCUUCCCCAGUCACCGAGAAAAGGACUUGAGACACGAGCUAUAGUGGCUUGUGCAGGUAAAUAUGCCUGCUGCUACAUCCCUGAUAAAGAUGAGUGGAAAUGUUUACCUGAACUGUUAUGGGAGAGAGAUCAUGAAAUCCCAAUGAUUAGAUUUCGAGAUCAGUUGUAUAUGUUUCAGGAGUGGGGUCAAGUGCAGCGGUAUGAUCCUGUGUUUAAUGGUUGGUCAUUGUUGCACCUCAACCUACGAUUUUUUGACUACUUGACUACUGUUAGGGGAGAGCUGUAUUCUGUCAGGCAGAGGUAUCAUUACACAGAAGAUGAGCAAACAUGCAUAAAAAAAUUCAGUGUAGAGAAAAAUUCAUGGCAGACAAUUUUCACCUCUUUUGAGAGCUGUAGGAAAGAGUCUUGUGUCAUUGGGUCUGCUGACUAUCUGUAUCUUUUGGGAGGGAAGUCCCCACCUACCUCCAAAUACCUCCCAAAAGCUGACAGAUUUGACAUUAUGGAAAAGAAAUGGGAAGAAAUCACAGACAUGCAACAAGCAAGGGGUGGGGCUUUUGGUGUGGCCAGUCAGGAAAAGAUUUUUGUUGCUGGAGGAGCAGAUGAAAAAGGCACAGUGUUGAAAACAUGUGAGGUGUACAAUGUUUCCACAAAUGAAUGGCAGUUAAUUGCAAACUUAAACGUUUACCGUACACAUGGUAGUAUGGUUUGUCUUGGUGGAACAUUGUAUGUGCUGGGUGGCUUUGACCAAAGUAAGAAAAACCCAGAACAUUCAGUUGAAUGUUAUGACAAACAGGGCAAGUGGAUUGUGAAGACAGUCAUACCAAUAAAGGACUGUAAGAAAAAACAGGCAUUCAAAGGCUGUGUGCUUAAGUUCUCCAAAGGAGUAUUGGAUCAUCUUAGAGAUCCAAAUGCAGAGGAUUAUUAACUGUGCACAAACUGUACCCAAAUGAAAGAAAAAAUCCUCAAGAAAAUGCUCUGAAGAAACAAUUUGCGACAGUAAUAGAAUCCACUGGAUCAAAGAUAGAUAAGGUUACCAGUAGAUAGGACAAUGACUGAACUUUCCCAUCAACCCAAGUCAAGAGAGUAAA